CUUACGGAGCCCUGCACAUGACAUGCAGGGGGAAAAAAUAGUUGGCUAAAUCGUGCACACGAUUUAUAAAUCGAGGGAACGAAAUAUUAAUCGUGUGCACGAUUUACUUAUUUUUUCUUGCGUGUCAUAUGCGGGGCUCCGUAGAAAACUAGAUGGUUUGUGUGGUGGAGGUUGGAACAAAACUCUGUGUUAAACACUAGCAGUGUUUGAUUUAUAAAUAUCAAAAUGUUGUGUGACAAUAAUGUUGCAUUUGGCUCUGUUGGUAUAUCUAUUAAAAUUAACCAUCGGUUUUGGAAAACAGUAUUUCUGUGUAGUUACAGUGUAAAAGUGAUCCUGUGCUGUCUUGUUGAUGAUAUUAGAAACUAAUCCGAAGCGUCCUCUGCAAUGAAGUUCUUGGGAGCCUUUAAAGGGCCCAAUUUCAAUGCCAGUUCCCACAACUCCACAGACUCUCCUCUUGUGACCACAGAUUUGGACCCUUAUAACAGAAAUCGAUACUGCAAAUGGCCCUGUAAGUGCCCCAAGAAUGCCCCUGUUUGCCCACAUGGCGUCAGCUUAUUGACAGAUGGAUGUGACUGCUGCAAGGCCUGUGCCAAGCAGGUGGGGGAGACCUGUAAUGAGAGAGAUACCUGUGACUAUCAUAAAGGACUUUACUGUGACUACAGCGCUGACAAGCCGAGGUACGAAAAAGGAGUGUGUGCAUAUGUUAUGGGAACAGGCUGUGAGUAUAACGGUGUGAUUUACCGUAAUGGCCAAAGCUUCCAGCCCAAUUGUAAGUACCGUUGUCUGUGUGUGAAUGGGGCGAUUGGAUGUGUGUCGCUCUGCACCAAGUCCCUGCCGCCCCGGGUCUGGUGUCAGUCGCCCAAGCGAGUCAAGAUCCCAGGCCAGUGUUGCGAGAAAUGGAUCUGCGAAGAGUCCCGUAAACCACGCAAGACCAACCCCAGACACGCUCCUGAGGAGGCGUCCCUCACCUCUAAUGAUAUUUGGCAUAAAAAUUGCAUUACCCAGACUACGCCAUGGAGUCCCUGCUCAAAGACCUGUGGGCGGGGCGUAUCACAGCGCGUCUCUAAUGACAAUGCUGGCUGUGUGAUGGAGAAAGAGUCUCGACUGUGUAACCUCCGACCCUGUGAGGUGGACAUCACCAAGCACUUUAGACCGGGUAAGAAAUGCCUGAACAUCUACCGUGAGCCAGAGUUUCAGAACUUCACCAUCUCGGGGUGUGUCAGUAAGAAGGCGUAUUGGCCCAAGUACUGUGGAGUCUGUACCGAUGAGCGCUGCUGCAUCCCAUACAAGUCUAAGACCAUCGAGGUGGAGUUUGUGUGUCCAAAUGGAUCAGUUUUUUCCUGGAAAUACAUGUGGAUCAACGCCUGCUUCUGCAACCUCUCCUGCAGGAAUCCAAACGAUAUCUUUGCAGAUCUGGCGCAGUACUAUGAGGUCAAUGAGAUUGUUAACUAACUAAUUCACAGAGUGCCAGAUGCAAUCUCUUUUUAUGGCAUCCUUAGGCUCACAUUUGUAGUCUGAGCAUCACACUUGACAGUAAUAGGGACAGGGAUGCUGGAGAGCACAGAAAGCACUGUUGAUGAGAAAUUUGGAUUGAAUUCGGAUGAUUUAUGAAUAAACAUCAGCACAGUUACUCAUAAGAUGGCUUGUGAAGGGAACAAUGAUAGUUCAGACUGAAGGACUUUAUGGUAUAUGAAGAUUGCUAAUGGAUGGAUGGAUGGAUGAGGGACAAAAUAUGAAAUUAAGAAAAUGUUAAAUUUAAGUUGUUGACUUCCUGUUCCAAAUCUGUGAAGUCCAAAAUACUAUUUUUAUAUUUUGCAAAUAUAUGUUUAAAAAAUAUCGCCUUCAACGAAAAAAGGAAUUCUCCUUAAUGGAAUACACAUCAUCAGUUUUUGAAAAUAUAUGUUAGUUAAAAUGGUGUUAAAGGAUGUGUUUGUAUCUUUAUGUAACAUAUUCUGAAAUACAUAUAAGAGAAGUGACAGUGAUCUCCUUGAUAUUCACACUUUUAUUUUGCCAAGUUGUUACUUUUCAUAUUUAAUUCUGGAAAUAUGCAGGAAAUGUAUCUUUUUUUAAUAAAAGACAUUUGCUUA